GCAGCUGCACCCCACCAUAUCCCAGUGCCAUUAACACAGAUGCAGUACCAGCCGUGGUUUUCGUGAAUGGUUUUACCUUUCUGAAUAUUUAUUUACAAAGAAUUCAUGCUGAAGUUUUAACAGAUGCUGACGUUAUGAACCUGGAUGACCCUAAGUUGUGUUAUAUUCUUGAUGGAGUUCUCUUUGUGUAUGGGAUUAUAGUCACUGGUCUCUACCUUAAGCUGAGGCUGACCAAAGUAAAAGGAAAACAUGGAGAUCUUCCUGCAAACCAACCAAAUACAGAAGACCAAUAUCAACCUUUGCAGAAGAGAGAUCAAGAUGCAUAUUCCCAACUUGGUUUUAACAAAAGGAACCAGGACACAGAGGCUGGAUUUGAAACAAAACAGAGAGACGGUGCUCCUCAUAGUGACACCUAUUCCAAACUGAAUCCUAAGAAUAGAAGUGAGCCUUAUGGUGAACUCAAACCAACUCAGCAGCCCAAGCGAAGAGGAAAGGGAGGGAAUGACAUUUACCAGGGACUGAGUACAGCUACGCAAGACACAUAUGACCAGCUGCAAAUGCAGCCAUUACCAGCUGUCCCUCCACACCCUCGUCGCUGAGAUUCUGUGAUUGAUAUUGGAACACCAUGAUGACAGAAAGUGAAAAUCCUUUAGGAUUAACUCCAUUUUACAUGCAUCAAAGUUAAUACUAUUUUGGAAAUUGUUCCUGACAAAGUUAUUUACUUGAAAAAUCCAGAUUUUUAAAAAAUUUGCAUGAUUUAAAAAUAUCACUAUAACAGCAGGAUUCUGAGUGACAGUUUUGAUGCCUGAAACCUUAUUUUCCUUCUAUGGAUCAUGUUGUGUUGAUGUUUUUCAGGUAAUAUGGAAUAGAUUAAGUUUACACGCAUCUUUGAAAGAUUUUUUAGUUGCAUUUUUGUAUAUGUCAUACUUAAAUCUUUCCAAUACUGAAAGUAUUUAAAAGUAGAGGAAACGAAAAUAACAAUUGGAAAUAGGCAUUUUGAAAGAUGACCAGCCUCUAAUGCAAAGAGAUGGUUUCAAAAUUGAAAUAGGGUUUUCAGUCCUUUUCUGAAAACGAAUUUAAAUUUAAUCUGAACAGUCUUAUUUGGAUUAAUUUUGUAUGAAAACAACUACAGAUAAGAAGCCAUGUAAAUACUAUUAGAAAUGCACAGUAACAAGAUCUUUUUAAUUGUAAACUUUUUUUUAGCUGUCCACUGAAUUCUUGCACUUCAAUGAGAUUGUAGAAGUUGCAGUGAUAUUGUCUGAAAUUAGGUUUUCAGAUGUUUCCAGGCAGUUAUCUAGUCUCACUUUUCCUGUUGAAGUAAAAGCAAAACUCUCCAAUUGAGAAGCAAAUCAAUUUACCCACAGCCCUCUCGACUUUAACAUCGUCAAAUGAAAAAAAUCACAAUGAGUACUCAGCAAAUGAUUUUCAGCACAUCUAGGCAUUCAUCUGUGACUAAACUUCCUAAUAAAGAUUUCAGUUUGGCUAGAAAUUUUAGAGUUAAUUUUAAUUCCCUCCAUUAUUUCAAUAUUCAGGCUUUGAUCUUAGCUUACUAAGCAACACAAACAUACAUUUUAAUGAAAAUACAUUUAUUUAAAAUUAGAUGAUCAGGCAUAUUCUAAAAAUGAAGGAAAAGAAAAUUAACAACUAUUUGAGGUCACCUAAGGUUUUCAGGGCUGUGACCCUUUAUACAGUAUUGGGUUUUUCUGUUACUUACAGUCUUUGGCCAAAUGUUGUAGUUGCUGCCCAUGUAUUCAAUGCAGAAAAUGCAACGGCUACCUAACUCGUGUGAGAGUCAUUUUAUUUACAUGAGUUAUCAGGAUCCAAAACACAUUGCCUGAAAAGGUUGUGAAAGCAGAGCCAAUAAUGACUUUCAAAAAUGUUUACUUGAAAGGGAAAAAUAUCAGUGUUACUGGGCAAGAGUGGUAAAGCAGGACUAAUUGGAUGGCUCUUUCAAAUAGACCGGGGUUAUUUUCCUUGUAAUUGAUAGGGUUGAUAGAGAUUUAUUUGAGGCUUAUGAAAUGAUGAGGGUCCCACAUAGAGUGGAAAGAAAGACUUAUUUUUUCUCAGGAGAUUGACUUAAAGUAAUUAGCAAAAGCAUUAAAGGAGGGUAGAGAAGAACGCUUUUCACCCAAAGGGAUAUGGGAGUCUGGAACCCACUGUGUGAAAGAGUAAACAAUGUAGAAAUCCUUACUGUACUUAAAUAAUUCUUCAAUAUGCACUUGAAAUGCCAUAGAUUGCAGGUUAACAGACCAAGAGCUGGAAAGUGAGAUUAGGCCAACUGAGUCUUUUUUUCUGGCAGUAUCGACAUGAUGGGACUAAUGUGCUAUAAAUUUCCAAUAUUUCUUACAAACAUGCUUUGAUGGAAUAGUUCAAUGAAUAAUUCAAUUAUUAUUGUGGUUAAAUUAAAGAUCAAAAUGAAGUCAGUAAUCCAGCUUCAGUUUCUGCUUCUGGGUAACAUUUUCAUAAGAACUAACUCACUCAACUACAGUGACUACUAAUUACCUUAAUGUGCCUUACCAAACAUCGUUUUGUUUACCAUCCUAUUUGCUUAGUAAAGUAGCUUCCUUUGUUUUCUAAUAAUUGUACCAAAUUCACCAUAAUCGUAAUUGUGUUUUCAAUGCACAGUAAAAAAAAUUUUGUUAUAAAGUAAUAUAUCCAUGAAAAAACUAAAUAUUAUUCAUAGGCUGUGCAAUUAGUUUCUAGUUUUGAAAUGAAUGCACUACCUGAGAUCAUAAAAAGGAAUGAACAGAUAAUAUUCAUUCUCAAGAAAUAUAAUACCCUGUUUGAUUUUAAAAAUUUGAACAAAUAAUCCAGGAGGCAAUUUGUUAACUUAUUUUGAAUGUGGGCCUAAUUGAUGAGAUGAUUUUUGUUUUGCUUUGUCUUAUGGUUGUUUAGAGGAAAUUUUAACCAUUGUUCAUUUUACAAUUUCAUGUAUUUAAGAUGUAAUGUUGUCCAUGAUA